AUGGUGAAGACUUCCAUUCAGACCUUUUUGCGCCUGAAGCCCGUGACGAACGCCUCGAGCAUCACAGCCAAGAUAUCUCGAAAACCAGAUGUCUGCAAAUUUUACAUAGUUGACAAAAAGCCCUCCGCCGAGUCCAAGCGCGUGGAUCGUUUCACCUUUGCUGAUAUCUUCGAACCGUCCGCACCACAGGAGGAUGUUUUUCGUGAAGUGGCCAAGCCGGUGAUUGAAAAGUGA